UCUUUGUAGCGUGGAACUUGAUCUUUCCACAUAUUCCUUCUCAUUAACAAACUAUUCCCAUCCAUCUUCUCAAUCUUUAAUUCUCAUGCCACUCUCAACACCUUUCAACCCUUUAAUGGCAAGAAAAAAGUCCAGAGCUUCCACCACAGAUGAAUUAUCGAUAAUAAAAGCAGCUGCAUGGGCGUGGUACCAACACGGGUCCGGCUCAGAGGGGAAACCUAUGGGCGAAUUCGACAUCACGAGAACGAGACAACUGCGAAAACCUUCACGUUACAAACUGGAAGCCAUGAAAAUCACAGAGCAAGAAGAUCAUAGUAACACACAACCCUCCUCUAAGAGUUCGAGUCCAGUCCAUGAUAAUAAAUCUCUUCUUGAUCCUUACGAGAUUGAAAGCAUUUCCAAACGGCUGGAUCAAUUUAUUGAAAACUCUAGUGGCAACAAGUUUUAUGAUGAUAGGAAGAAAGUUUCAAGGGAUGGUGAUCAUGACAGUGGUGGGAAUGUUAGGAAGAAAAAGUCUAACAAAUUGGGAGGGUUUUGGCAGCCAGUUUUGUGUGGGAGAAAGGAAGAUAUUGCGGCAGUAGACACAAGGUUUGUGGAGGGAAACGGCCGCCGGAAAAGGGUGUAGCGGUGGUUAAGUUGACAAGUUGCAGGCCACGAGUAACCCAUGCCUAAUGAAUAAUUUUGUGAGUUGGGUUUCUGGUAUGGCAUAUUAAAUUGGAUCUACUGUACAUGUGCAACUGUAUUUCUGGAAACUAAGUGCUUCAAUUAAUUUACAGCGAGUUGAUAUAUCUUCUAUC